AUGGAUGGGGAUGGGGGAGGUUGGCAGUCUUUUUUCUACAUAGCAGCUGAAGAUGAAUCAUUUUUGGCUUUUGAUCGAGAGAUGGAUGCUUUCUCAAUUCUUAACGAAAGAAGUGUUUUUGGCCCAUCUGGUGCCCAAGAGUGGAAUACUCCGGAGGGGAUACCACUGACUGGAAGAAGCAUACGUGAGUGGCAGACUGAACUGGAUGCUAUUGCCAAAGAAGUCUAACCGGAGCUAAUUUCAAGAAACAUAAGUUGCCGUUUGGCUCAAGUUUUGGAGGCAGUGAAUGUUGUUCUUUUUGAGUUAAGAGGCUUCAGGAGGUCACCUGUUGUUGGGGAUGCAAAGUACUCAUGCUUGCACUUGGUUCUAAGUUCUGGAUGUGGAAUUGGUGAAGUUCGACUCUUGCUUCCUUUCUACAUAUUUAAUCACUAUUUACGGAGUUUAAACGAGGGGCAGAGCUAUGUAAUUCUGUUCUCAUUUUACAAGAGAAUGCCAAGUGUUUGCUUAGUUGUGCCAAGUAUUUCCAGUAUGUAUUAUCUCUCAAUUAGUUUCUUCCAUUUUGAACGUAUUGAAGCCAGACUCCUUUACAGGCUGACCAUCAUGGCUUCGGAAAGAUUGCUGAUUUUGCAACCACAUAAUUGGGCUUCGAGGAGAGACCAUGACAUGAUGUUAUACUACAACAGGCCAGGGACUAGCAUUUGCAUGGCUUUUGCCUCAGAAGAGAAGGCAGAAGUUCUAGAACCAUUUCUUGAGAAAUUGCAUCUGCUGCGGCUUGAACCAUCGUGGAAACCUUUACAUCACUCAAGUAAAUUUGAAGUCUCUUAGCUUUAUGUGUACAUAACCAG